UUCGUUGCCACGAGAAAAGUCGCGCCCACACACCGCCGUCCCACCGCGUAUCGGUUCCGCUCGGUGUGCACGGACGAAGGACUGCUGCGGCAGCUAGGCGUACUUUUGCAGCUCUACAUCGGGGAUGUCAAAUUGCAAAAUAAUGGCCCCGUCAACAAAGUUUCGUGCAAGGAGAAAAGUGCAGACCUACGCGAUUAAAGAUUAAAGUCGUAAGCUCCGCGCUCCGUCCCGUGUAAAAAGUGGUGCUACCGUGGCCAUCGUCGUCGCAGAUUUUUUAUUCAAACAAAUACCCCACCACAAUCCGACGAAGUGUGCUCGACCCGAUAAGAGUGUUUCGUGUCGACGGAUCGAAGUAAGCAAAACAGUUUUAUCGUCAGCUAUUCAGGGAAAAAUGUUUCCAUGGCGGUGUACUGCCGAUUCGCCGUAGUAGGCUUCGUGGCCGUGCAGAAAAGGCGUAGUUCGCAAAUGGUUUCUCCCUCGGUGCUGCGGCGGAAUGCGCUCAGGCACGGUUUACGGUAAAGUGAAAGUGAAAUUAGAUCGGUGCUUCGAGGGGUGCGAAUCGCCCUCCCUAGCAAGUUAGUCUGCAGCAUAUUACGGGGAGGUCAGUGAUCCGGGCUUCGGAAGUGAGUUUGCUGCGGUCCUGUUGGUCCACUCCAGCAUGUCGAAUCGGGUGUUCCGGUGCACCGUGGCUGUGGCGGUGUGCUGGUGUGCGUUCUCCGGUGGGCCAUCGGUUACCGCAACCCACCUGACGGGCGCUUUUGAGGUGGACGAAUUCUUCCGCUUCUUGCACAAAUUUGGCUUCCAGAAGACGGAGAAACAUUCGCAAAAGGACACCGAGUGGGACACGUUCGGGUACAUCUACGGGAACAUUACAUCGCGCGUGAACCUUACCGUUCCGGUCACGCUGGCCGUGCUGGACAAGCGCAGCUUCCUCGAGUACUACGCCAAUCGCAACGGUUACGAUAGGGAGGCGGCGUGCCAGCGGAUGUUUGAUAAGCUCGACAAAAUCGUGUACAGUCGGACGUGCAACCCGCACGCCGAAGCGGACUAUCUGCGGCGCAUCCCGUGCGAACGGGGCAAACUGUGCGCGGAUGAGGAUACGCGCGAAAACGUGGUUCCCGGAAGUCAGUUCACGUUCGUGAUCAGUGAUCCAAACGUUCCAAGAUUCUGGUACGUGUCGAUGGUGGCCUGUUAUCAGAAUGUGACCACCUGCCAGUGGCACUACUAUGACUACCGCAAGUACCACACCGAGCCACCGUCGAUCGACUUCGAUAUCACGCUCGUGAAUGGCAACCCGAACCGCCAGACGCUGUCGCUCUUCAAUCCGUUGCUGUUCCAUUUUUCCUUCGACCGGCAAAACACGCUCGAGAUGUAUUUGAUCUUUUUCGUCGUCUAUCUGCUGAUGGUGCCGCUUCAGAUCUACGCCGUGCGACUGCAGAAACAUCCCGUAACGCGCCUGUUCACCGUCAGCCUGGUUCUGGAGUUUGUCAGCGUUUGUCUGCUGCUGACGCAUACGGUGCGCUACGCCAUGAACGGUGUCGGCAACGAGAAGUUGGCCGUAAUGGGCGAUAUUUUCGAUAUCUUUAGCCGGACUUCAUUCAUGUUGAUCCUGUUGCUGCUGGCCAAGGGAUGGGCGGUGACGAGGUUACAGAUCAGCGUCAGCAGUUGGAUUCUACUCAUGGUCAUUUGGAUUCCGUACUGCGCCAUACACGUGCUGUUGUACAUAUGGAACAGAACGGAAGUGGAUAUUAUUUCCGAUAUUGACGAGUACCAGACGUGGCCCGGUUGGUUGGUGCUCGCUUGCCGCUCGACGAUGAUGCUGUGGUUCCUGUGGGAGCUGCGCACCACGAUGAAGUACGAGCACUCGUCGCAGAAGCUGGACUUUCUGCUCCAUUUCGGCGCCUCGAGCCUGGUGUGGUUCAUCUACCUACCGAUCGUGGCCAUCGUUGCUGUGAAUGUUAGUCCGCUGUGGCGGUAUAAGCUUUUAUUAGGAAUAACAAAUUCGGCCGACUGCCUGGCCUACUGCGUGAUGAUGGGUUUGCUGUGGCCCAACCGAGCCGGACAGUAUUUGCUGCUGACGGGAACAAACUUUGCCGGUAUGGAUGAGCUGGACGAGUUCAAUGAGGCACCGCACGUGGUGCACCGUGACUCGGACACGCUGCACAGCAGCAACGGCGAUCUGGUGAUCGAUGACUAUCUCGACAACGACGACGACGAGAUUGAAACGUUGGUGCUGAGUACGGACGAUUUGCUGCACGCCGGCAACUCGUUGCCCGUGUCCGGAGGCAGUAAACCGCUCACGCUUAACGGGAGUGCCAUGAACGGUGGUAUCGGAAAAGGUGGCAGAUCGUUUGAUUAGAUUUAGCGUCAGAGGCAGAGCGUCCGAUCGAGAUCUGGCAAACCGCAACACUGCUCCACUCGUGACUGGGACGCAACACAAUGGCACGCAACUUUUUGCGCGUGUGUGCCCUGAGCAACCGUAAACGACGAAUCUUUAGAACGAAUUUAAUUCAACACACCACACCAAAAACACGGGAAGGUUAGAAGGUGUCACCACAAGGAAACAUCCCAAGGAAACUCCACUCAAGUGGUCCGGAUUGUGUGCUAUCUAAACGUAGAAAAGGAACUUUUUCGAGGCAUUUUUCAAGCAAAACACUAUUGCGAUAAAGCAAAGUUUCGGUUUUGCAGCACCCGAUCUGGAACCCGCAAGCGACUGGAUUGCGUUCGACUCUCCACUGACACACAAAAGACAGAGUAAAGAAAACAAAUUCUUCCAUUUCCAAAACUGAUGCCCCUUUGAACUGAAACGUAAAAUUAGAAGAUAAUUGGCCAUUCGAGGUGUUAGGUGCGUUCGUUCGUAGUGUGUGUUGUGUGUGUUUUUUUAGUAAAACAGUAGCGAAACGGUGCAUCAUUUAGAACUGGGCUGGCGGAGGUGGCGAAUGGAAUGAACAAUUAUCGUGUGAUAUGAAAUUCAUAGCAAUUACGGAACCUGAAUGAGAUAUAAAUAAUAUUACUACUUUUAAUACCCUGUUACUUUUAAGGCACCUCUCCAUUGCCUGAUAGAGCAGAUUAUUCGCGGCGCCGGAGCUUUCUUUAGUCAGUCCUUAGUCAGGUGCAACGUUGGUCCCUCAGUAUGAAGUGUAUGUUAGAUUGGCCACUGUUUAGUUGCGUUUACUAAGCGUCUCCUUUGCGUAUCUGCCACACAUUUUAACGCCAAUAAAUCGAACCGGUUGUAAGAUCCUUUAUUGUCAGUAGCACUACCCGGCACAACAGGUCCGGUGAAGGGCUGCAAACAAGUAAACAUAUUCAACUGUCCAUCAAUGGCCCACCGUAGAAAAGUAUCUCCUAAGUCAUUUCAAAAACGUUCCACUAGCUAGUAAUUUUGGAGUAGAGAUCCCCCUUUCGGCCAUUGCUUUUGUUUCGUGCUCUGGUGUUCUUUUUCAUGCCGACCGCCAAUGGAAUGCGUAUUUAUUUGUCCCAAGUACCACUAGGGAGAGAUCGUUCGGUAGCCUGUAGAGGCGCCAACACUUACCUAAACCUAAGACUCACUCGCUUCCAAAGUAUCGGUCGAGGAUGCAAGCUAAUGCAGUAGUUACUAGAGCGCCACAGUUUCAGAAUAGAGCCGCCGGAUGGGACCUGCUGAUUGGGAGUGCGCGCCAAGCCUAAACCCACAACGUAAUGUACCUUUUUUGAAGCUACGCCCAAAACGCUUUAGAGAUUGAACAAAUAGCCUAGCAGAAGGUAGCAAAGGAACACUGGAUAAAGGAUAUAUAUAGAUAAAAACUUAACUAGAUAAGCCGCAUUUGCAGGAUGAUUAACGCUAACGUAUAUUCUCACUCACGGCACGGCAAUGCUCAAAACCUCCUAUCUGUCUGUCUCUCUUUCUAUUGCUGUGCAAGGAACGGAAAAUGUCUGCACGUUGCUCGUAUCGGUAGUGAGACCGGAACCGUGUGAGGUUUUAUUAACAUAAAACAUUUAGAUCAAUUCAGCCCAUCACAGCCCUCACCGGAGAAGCGGGAGUGAAGAGGGGCUUUUUAACGCAGUAGAAGAAGGCACCGUGCGAUCAAUUAUCGAUGUCUUAAACCCCCCGGUCCGCGGUGAGGGGACACCUCAAACGGGAACCACUAGCCAACGUGUGUAGCACCUUGGGCACGCACGUAAGUGCCCGUUUGCGAUGCAAAAGUUGUGAUAGGAUGUUAAGCAUAUUUUUCUACUAAACUCUAAACCAAGAACAACACACACCACGUAAGUGCACCGCCGGGUUCACCCUCGGGAUUGGCCGUUACCGAUCGCUACCUCAAAUGCCUAAGAGAGCAGCGAAAGACGGCAAAGGCCACUCGUCCCGAGGGUCAGCGGUGACACUUUUCAUCGCAACGAGCUCAGAAGUGGUGUUGUUUGAUUUGUGUACAAAAAUAUGAAUAAUA